AUGGCCUCGCUUUGGGGCACCAUCACCAAUAACAAGGGCAUGAAGAAAACCCCUAUCUUCAUGGUCUUUGUUGGCAACACUCUUGUUUUCUCCUACUUCGGCCUAGUCAGCGCAGGUAAUGAUCCCAAUGCACCCCACGUCGUUCGUGCCUCGACCAAGGACCUCAAGACCUUCCGUACCACGAUCUUGACCAAUGCUCCUUCCCCCAACGGCUACUCGCAGCUGUCUGCCAUUGUCAACGGCAGCCCCAAGAAUGAAGGGUUGGGCACCGUCGUUCUGACUUAUGUCCAAGCUGGGAGCAAUCUGCUCGUCAGCUGGGAGGAUGAUCUCAACAAAUAUGAGGUUUGACUUUCUCAAAGGAAACGAGUUAUAACGACGACUUUGAGGCCGGUUUGGCAGAAGCUUUCGGUCAAGCUGUGUAGUAGGCAAAUGGACCAGUGGUUCAAUCCUUAACUGUUCUGCGGGAAAUGCGACACUGAAUAGCAUGUCAUGAAAAUUUUGUUCUCUACUUUGAUUCCUCUGGUUGUUUGCGGCAGUCCUGCCCAGAAGUCGAUUACUCCAAACUCUUCGUCGUUAUGCAGGCAUUUAUCAAUAGAAUGCUUGUUUGUGACUCGGGCUUCCUGGAUCCCUCCGCCCUCGAGCAAGGUUUCCUUUCGGGUCGCGCGUCAGGAUACUGAGCGAUGUAGAUCCUUUCAAUCUAGUUGCCCAUAAUCACUUGCUAGAUCCCCGAUUCAAUAGCAGAUGAAAG